AGUGGCAAACAACCUGUAUGGAUAAUAGAAAGGUCUAGAAAGACCGUUCUAUUAUCCAUGCAAACAAUGAAACAUGGCGAAAUCCAGCAUCCCGAGAGAAGCAUUGGAGGAAAUGAUAGAACUGCUCCUGGGAAAUGGAGGAGAAUUAGAACUCGAGAGUCUAGUACGGCAACUCAGUUCACACAACCGUCGUUUGGUGUCAGAUUUCGGAGAGCUGGAUUUCGUGACAAGCUUUAAGUCCAAAUCGAAAGUAAUGGUUAAGUUAGAUAUCCCGCUCAAGUUUUGUAGUCAAGUUGAAGAGGAGGGCGGAUGUGUUUCAAAAGGAUGCAUUGCUCUUCAUUUAUGCCCCUACUUUAUCAAGGGAAAAUGCAGUUUCAACUUAAAGUGCAAAAGAUCUCACAAUUAUGGUGACCAACAUACAGUUGGUAUUCUAAAUCACUUCCGCCUCGGUUUCUUAACUAAGGUUCCUUCCUCUUCUCUCUUGCAAAAGAUUUUGCGAAUGAUCGUGGAUCAAAGCGAACUACAACGAACUGCUGCCAAACGAUCUGUUCCAGACAUCUGUAGAUACUAUAACAACAAAGCAACCUGCCAGAAAGAGGACAUUUGUCCCUACUUGCACGUGUGUAAACAUUUCAUUGAUGAUCAUUGCAGUUUUAACGAUCGCUGUAUAAGGGAUCAUAAUUUCUCUGCCCCGCACAACAGAAAAGUGCUUGAAGGAUAUGGCAUGGAUGGAAUCAGUGAUCUGGAAGUGCUUCAGCACUUGAAAGGCAGGGAAAUAAAGCGUAAUGUCAGUGGAAUUUCUGACGUUGAAAAGCCUGAUAAAGUAUUUCCCAAAGCAGUAACUCCUGUUGUCCCGGUUCCCACAAACAAAGCAAAGGAUGAAAAGGAAAAGGACAAUGAAAUAUGUGGAUUUAAUCUGCGUGGCAAGUGUAACUAUGGUGACAACUGUAUCCAUCGUCACACAGAGCUACCUUACUUGUGGGAAUUUUCUGUACAUGGCGAAAAGUGGGAGAGCUUUUCAAGUGAUCUAAAUACAAUGCUAGAGCAAACCUACUAUGAUGUUAACAAAGGUAGCUGUACAGUUAUGAUCAGAGGAAUUCUUCAUAGUGUUAAGUUUGAUGGUAUGACUGCUGAACCAGUUUUACCAGAUGAUGGUAAGUAUCUCCCAUUUGAAAGUUACAAACAACAUUAGGUUUGACAGCUGAGAGGUACUGCCACAUAUGGGCUAUACUGGCAUGUGCAGCUGCUUUGUGAGGUAUAGUUUUCUUAAAGUAGUUUAGUCUGGGGUAUAGCAGGGCUUUCAUUAAGAGGUGGGAGCGGGAUUUCCCCAGGCUACUAUUAACAUGGCCCCCAGCUACUUUUAAAGGAAAAAGUAGAACCAUAAGAAAUCCCUAGCUGACUGAUUCCCUGCCUACUUGUUGUAUUUUCCCGGCAACUUGAAAUCUUGGUGACAAUCCUGAUAUAGGGUAUAGAAAUCAGAGAGUUUGGGUCUAGAAUAGUGUAUCAAUAUUCUGGAAAACUGAUUAUAGUAAUAGUCUAGACUAAUAAGAAACUACAAAUUGGUACUAAAACUUAAAUUGGCAAAUUUAAAUUUACCCACAACUCGGUAAGCUUUGUUUUUACUGAACUGGGCUGGUGUCCUUAGUAGUGUCUAGAAGAUAGUGACUUAUGAAAGUUUGGUUUAGUACAGGGAAGCAAAAUUAGCUAAACUGUUCCUAAAGUACCCCACCUGGGUUUUGAAACAUGUACAUAGUGUGUUAUUAAGACAAAAUCUGACAUGCAAACUGGGCUCAAAGAGUUUACAUGCACUGAGAAAUAGGGAAGAGGGACUUUUUAAACUGCAGUAUAGAACUAGGUAGUAGCAGUAGCAACAGUAGAAGUAGCAGGGUCCAAAAGUAGUAGUAGUAAUACCUGGAGGGAGGGGGGUACUGUAGGAAUUUUUGGGUAGGGAUGUGCCACUGGGACCUUGGAACCCUCAGCCUAUACCACAGCUCGUUCAAGUGAAUUUUGCUACCCUAUACUACACUAAACUCCCAAAAUCCCUCCCUCCCCAUCCUAGAGUAGCUGUUUUUCCAGAAGCUACUGAGGUCACAAAAAACACAGUCCAGCCAAAACAAAUCCAAUUUGAUUUUUUCGUAUUUUUAAGUGGCAAUUCCCGGUACGGUUUCCCUAGUUUAGACUAAAAUCUUCAACCAAUUGAUCAGUUUCCUGGAAAAUGAUACCCUAUUCUAGACCUUAACUCUCUGAUUUAUAUACCCUAUCCCAGAGUAAACUGCUUGAAAACCAUACCCUUCACAGCGGCACAUACCUAUAUAGCUUAUAUAUGGCAGUACCCCCCAGGUAGUAAUAUUAGUAACUAUUAGUGAAAAAAUAUGUUUAAGCAGCUGCAACUUAAAAGUGAAUGCUUAGAAGAUCUCUGAGAGAACAGAGGGUCGCCCCAUGUAUGGGAAUCCAGGACAGUCUAGGAUUCUGGAUUCCACGCCAGUGGCAAAUCCGGGGGGAGGAUCCACAGGGUCCAGACCCUCCUAUAAGAAGCAAAAUUUUCCCGGAUUCAGGAUUCCCUUACAUGAGGUGAAGAGGGAUUUACAGAACGAUAAAUAGUGAAGAUAUAUUCCUUUCUCUAUCAGCUGUGAAUUGGACGUCUCCUAAGAUUCAACGACUGUCUACUGUAUCAUGGGUGGUUGCAGCAGCAGGCCAUGUUUUUAGCACUAGGUGGCAUUGGUACUGGCAAGAUGAAAACAACGAGUGGCAGUUAUAUGGCACACCAACUGAUGGACACGCAGCCAGCACCACCAACAGCCAACGUCUUGAGAGCGAAUACAUGGCAGGUAAGAAAUCUGCCUCUCCUCUAAUUUUACCCUAAUCAGUUGCUUGUAUGUCAUAUAAAUUUCAAACUUUUUGUCCAUUUGGGGGAUAAUUUCAGCAGACCAUGCCAUGCAUAGUGGAUGAAUGUUUGAUUUCAGAUCCUACUCAAACACAUCCACAGCUGAGAUAUAAUAAAAAAUGUAUACCUUACCAGCAUUGUUUUAUUGUGGAAGUUCUGCACUACAGUAAAAACCUGCAUAUAAGAACCUAAAGAUUUAAGAACUUACAGGCAGAAAUUUGGCAUUUUCAUACUCAAGUUUAUAAGAACCUGUUCAGCCUGCAGAGGAAAAGAGGUUCUUAUACAAAAGAUCACCCCAAUUUCAAUGAUCAAAAUUCUGAAUGUUAACUUUAUGUGAAACCUCUAACAAUAUGUAAUCAUGUAUAUGCCUUAUUUAAUUAUUUCAAUUAACAUGAUGUGCGCAAUUAUAUAAAUGGCCUAAUUAAUGUUUUGUUCGGCAUGUUAUUGUUUAGUCAGCACACAUUCUGACUAUUAUUAUUUAGCUUGGCAGCAUAUGCUUGUUGUUUAAACUAGUUAUAAACCAUUAUGUACUAGUAGUGUAAUAUUUCUGUGAAUGACUAUGCUACAACUAUCUUUGAAAAAUUAAGAACUUCCUAAGAACCUAAUCAGCCUGAUUUGUCAAAAAGUACCCUGAAAUAUAAGAAACAGCUGUAAUUCAUCCUGAUAACGAAAAUUCUAGGUUCUUUAUAUGAGAGUUUUUACUGUAUUAUAUUAUUUAGUUAGAGAAAUUAUUAUUAUUUUUCCUUUGUACCUUGAUCUUUUCCUUCUGAUUUUUUUGUUUUUUUAUUCUAUUAUUUGUCAUCCAAUAAAAAUAAAUUAAGUCUGCAUCUUACAGCAUGGUAUCAAAUUUGUUCAGUGAGAGGCAAGAGGUGGCCCAUGGGGAGAGGCCUGGAAGAUCCACAUCACCCCCCUUUGAAAACAAACCCAAGACCACAGGACCAAAAACAAAAUUCCUGUCCAGCCCUUUCCCCUCCAGGCUUGGUCUCAGGAGAUUCCUGGGAGCAUUAGAACAACCAUGGCUAGAAACUGAUGAGCCUGUAUUCACCCUCCUAACCCUCAUGUCAUGGUCUAGAAUAAUAAGAGGGCCCCUAGUUACCUUAAGUUCUUGAUCUGCUGUCAUCUCAGUAGCGGAUCCAGCGGGCGGGUCCGGGGAGUCCGGAUCCCCCUAUCAGACCUGACGCUUGUUUGCAACUGAAUUUCUUACAUCGACGGGAUGGUAUAUCACUUUUUAACUGGCUGAUUUUUUAAAAAAUGAAAUGCGCGUUGCAUUGUGGCACUAAACUAAAUUCCAGUGAUAUUAAAAAAUGUAACUGGUUUUGGAUACCCUCCUAUGGUCUGUUCGUCUCUGCUCACAAAGCAGUAUUUCCCGAGCCAACGGCAACCAGCGUUCACCGAUUGAGUAAGAUGUGGUCGUCUCUAAAAAAUUCGUGGAUCUACCCCUGCGUCCGGCUCUAAUUGGCAACAAAAAACGAUUUCUUUCUUUCUUUUGUAAUCUUUAAUUUAUGUUUUUCCUUCAGAAAUGAAAAGAUCAAAAGAACAAUUUAAUUCAUUCCAGCUUUUCUUCUUCUUAGAGAAGGACUGUCACUCCUUCAGUGCCUCUCAUCACCGUUACACUCUUUACUUCAAAGGAUGGUAUCAACAAAAUGAUGUUCAUAAAACCAAAAGGCCAGUUAGAAGGAGGCCUGCUGACUUCGUGACCAAACAGAAUAUGAAAGAUAUUGCUCAGCGGUACUGAACAUUAAAGCUGUUAAAUUAAAACUGUUUAUAUAAGUACGAUCCUGUUUUAAGGUUUCGUCUGGGCAAAGUAAUUCAAGGAAGUUUUGGAUUCUUGAUUCCACUGAUUCUUUGUUGAUGGAACUUGGAUUCCGGAAUGCAAUCGUUUUGCAAUACGGAGUAUCCCCCUGCGGCUGAAUUCCAGAUUCCAAAUCCUAGGGGCUCGGAUUCCCCAAAGAAAAGUUUUGGAUUCCAGAUUUCAAUCGUUAAUGGGAUUCUGGAAUCGUAGAGCUGAAUUCCGGAUUCCACUAGCCUGCCAGUCUAGAUUCCACGAGCAAAACUUGUGCAGGGACCCGGUAUCUUGAUCAACUCAUUGGCAUUACAUGAGGCGUUAAGCAUUCAAAAAUAAAAAGAUGACACAACCCAUUAGGGAAAAUCUGUCGCUAAACAUGUCAAGUUGGAAAGUGGUACGUCUUAAGCGGGCGAAAACUGGCAAAGUUGCGAAAAUUUACACAACCCAUCAUCCAAAGGCCUGUAAAUUUAAUUUGCGGAGCUAUACCUUCCCACGCUUAAGACGUAUCACCCUCAAACUUGGCAAGCUUACUAAUUCUAAUUCUCUUUCUUGUGAUGUCGACGGAUUUUCCCUAACAUGUCCAUAUCAAUCACAGCACUCAGAGAUCGCCGGUGCAACGCCGCUGCGAUAAUGUGCGAUCGUGAUUGUAACGCCCGGAUCGCAACUCGGAUACUGAGAUGACGGAUUUGACUUUUAAUUACUAAAUCAAGUUUGCGAUCACCGCGCUUCCAUAAGUAAAAUGUCAUUGCGAUCGCAUCUUUUUGCGCCUCGGUCGUAAUGCCCUGCGAGCAGAGGUUUCUCUUUUCCUAUUUCAUCCCCUUUUAGCCUUUUUCCUCACUGCAGUGCCUGGUCACUGGCUAGCUUUUCUCUUGCAUGGCUUUUAGCGUUUACGAAGUCAUUCGCGUCACUUGUUUGUUGCGUAGACAAGCCACGCGAACGACUUUGUAAAAGCUAAAAGCCAUGCAAGAGAGAAACCUCUGCUCCUAGUCUACAGUCGUACUGGCAUUAUGGAAGUGUAAGCAAAAGAGUAGGACGACUUUGUUUUUACGCUUUAAACGUUGCUUAACUUAAGUACUCCUCUUGUCAUUUAUUUAAUCAGGCGUAGAGUAACUGCCUUGGACAGUGCAAAAUCAAGUUCAGCGUCACCAGAACUUGAUGGUAUACCAUCUCACUGGCGUCCGCUGUCUGAUGGUGAAGACUUUUCAUGUGUAAAACUGAAGACCAUAUCUGACGAAUACAAGGGGACAGAAAAGAAAUUUCAGGAUACCAUGAAACGACGUCGUAUGAUUAUCAAGAUAGAGCGAGUGCAAAACCCAGAUUUAUGGACACGAUACACCCAGUAUGUGAUUUAUGUUAUUCCUUCUACUGAAAAAUCUAUUCAAUCUCCCCCGACUAGAGAAGAGUAGGGAUGACGUCACAAAAACUAAAUUUGGAAGAUUAUGAGAUUGGUUGGCAUAUCCAGAAAGAACAAGAUGAAAAAUGUGGCAGUUGCUAAAAAUCAGCCUGUUGGUGGAGAUAUAAGCAAUGUUGUUAUAAAGCUGGAAAUUUCUUCUCAACAGCGCGCGGUCUCAUUGGUUACUUCGAUGUAGCAUCACAUCUAACAAUGAAACUGUUUCCCGCCAAAAUCUCUGAGCGGGCAACAUUGCAAAAAAUCUAUGACGUCAGAGGGUAACAAUGCAAUGUUACCGCGAACGUUGAGCGAUGACCACCGUUACAGCGAGGUUUAAUGAAUUUCCAGCUUCAAAGUUUCCAGUUAUAUAAUAAAUCACUUAAAGACUAGUCCCUCGGGAAACAGUAAAUUUUGUUUCCCUCUUGUCCAGUCAUUAAGCGUUUAUUAUGCUCUGAUGACUCCAUACAACUCCUCUUAAACAGGCCUGGCUUGUUAAUGUUAAGAUCCAAAUCAAUUUUAGAAGGAUUUGUACGGAGUCAUCAGAGCAAACCGGUGCUUAUAUCUCCUCAUCAAUUUGCUCUGACGGGCUGACUUUUGACAAAGGGGCCUUUUUCAUCUCUUCAAUAAUUUCACAAAUUUGAUUUUUUGUGACAUCACACUUCUCUUCUCUAUAUUUGCUGUAAUAACAGCGGUCGUGACUCCUAUUAAGGCCAUUCUUUGGAAAGUCAGUUGAAAGCAGGGGAAUAUAAUAUUGAAUUCAAAGUAUUUUUGAUAGGCGAAUGGUCGACUAUCCGAGUUGUUAAUCAAAAGGGAGUAUCCUUGGAUUUUGAAAAUGCUACAAUUCGCUGGAUGUGCCUUUUAACAGUCCUUUAAGGUGGAAAGUGGACAAACCGUUACUGCAUUAGCCACUGCUGAAUUGAUACACAAAAAGCUAUGGUUUCUGCAAAUUCAGCAAAUUGCCAACUCUGAAACUUUGGCUUAAAUUUCCCGAAACGAGCAGGUUGUCAUUAAAAGUUUGCCAAUGUUUUUUCAAUGAAUUUGACAGUUAUUUCCUCUGUUUCCUUGUGCGCAUGUCAUGUAAUCCUCGAACGGCAACUUUCUCAUGUUACGACAAGCUCGUCAACCUAUUCGAGGACGUCUUCAGAGAAAAUGAGUGUGAUAUUGAGAGGUAUCAAAAUUGUUUAGGCAUUCUCCUCAAAUGGGACAACUUCGAAGAACAAAUCAAUCCAGUCCACGCCCGUCCCUCUCUUCUCCAUUCAAAUUUGGGGCGUUUGUUGUUUUUUAUAUGAAGCUCGAACAGCGGCACAACAUUGUAUGGAAGGGCUUAGGGGUAUGGGGGAAUGAAAGCUGUAUUUCCCCCUUUUUCAAGUUGGAGAAACGUCAGAGAGACCUUUCAGGACAAAGUGUCUCAACUAAUUUUGUCGCCGAUUCUAGCUCAGAUAGUGACCCUGCUGGGUUGGGAGAAAAUACCCUGAUCUCAAACCUAAAUUGCGCUUUAUGCUAGUUCAACGUUGCCUAAUGCCUGUAUGGCGUCGUCCCAUGCCUUCUUGGUCAGUGCAUUUCGGUGACGUAUCCGAGACGAACGGCUGGGGGACUCAGAAACUCGCUCAGACUACGUGACCCGAAAAGCAUCGGCCGCGCGCAGUUAUGAGGCCUAGCGACUAGGCAAAGUUAAACAACCUAAGACCAAACCCUUGUUUUCCUUUUUAGGGAAAAAGGUCGCAUGGCCAAAAAGGCUGGCAAAGAACCUGAAGAAAGGCAGCUGUUCCACGGAACCAAAUCCGACACUGUCGACGCCAUCUGCCAGCAGGGUUUUGACUGGCGAAUGUGUGGCAAGCACGGCACAAAGUAUGGAAAGGGAAGUUAUUUCGCUUGUAAGGCCAAAUAUUCCCAUCGCUACUCCUCGAUUCAGGUUACAUCUAGGAGUUACAAACAAAUGUUCUUGGCUAGAGUAUUGGUUGGUUCUUACACCAAUGGUGAUAGCGAACUGACUCGUCCACCAGCCAAACACCCUUCUACCCCUCACGUUUUGUUUGACUCCUGUUGUGAUAACAAAACCAACCCCUCCUUGUUUGUUGUCUUUGAAAAUGGCCAGUCGUACCCAGAGUUUUUAAUCACUUAUAUGUAAGUUGCCAGUGAUAUUUAGAAAUCCCCUGGCCAAACCCCUCUCCCCCCCCCCCUUCCCCUCCCCGAGACCGAAUCUUUGUUAAUAUUUCAACUGCAAUAUUUGGAACCCCGCCUUACGACCACCCCGUUUAUAAGACCACCUCGUUAUUACGGCCAUAUUCUUUCAAACCAAACGUAACAACCAUUGAGUCAUUUUAUUAUUUUGAAGACCCCGUUAAUGUGACCCUUGCUCGUUAUUACGACCAGGAUUUUAUGACCAAACGGUGGUCGCAUUAUCGGGGUUUCACUGUAUAUGUAUAUUUUGGAAAGCGACUGUGAAAUCAACUUGAGAGCCUGCUUGUCGGCUAUGACUUUUGAGUAGCGUUGUACCUGUAUAUAACACCAAUACGGAUACUGACCAGUAGGGUCCCCAAUAAGUUUUUCGGGUUGCGGGAUUUUCUUUAUUUGAGGCUCGGGAUUCGGGAUUUUAAAGCAAAACCGGGGGGAGAUUCGGGAUUGAAAGUAUUUACGGGAGUUGGGAUGCCACAAAUAAUACAGAAGAACCUCGAUAACUCGAACUCCUGGGGAGCGAAUCAACUCCCAUUUCGCUUGAAUUUCACCUCACUUUUCAGUCCUUUAUACUCGGUUAACUAGUACUCCUCGCUAACUCGAACUAAAUUUCCUUUACCUUGAUCAAAAUUUCACUAAAAUUUACCCCGAUAACUCGAAUUCUGGUUCUUGUAACUCCACUCGGAUUCCAUUUCAUUAGCUCUUCUUGUUGUAUAGUCAGUAAAACCACUAAUACUCAGAAUAGUAACACUAUAGCAAUUUUAUUUUGAUUGGUGCAACGAACAGAUCACGAUUUAUCACGUAAAGCACAAUGACGUCACCGGUUGUGAUCAAAUAAGCUAAAUUUGCGAUGUACUAUACACUGAAGUGCUGAAAUAUCAGUGACUAUUCUUUUGGCGGUUAUCGAUCAAGGUUGAUUAUAAGUUUUGCGGAGAGAACUGUAAAAAUUGGCAUUUUUUUAUUUGCUUAUAGGAAUAGGUGAAAUUUUAUAAUAUAUGCAAAGAACAGCGCGCAUGUUUUCAAUUUUUUCUUUAUAAUUGUAGAGUUUCAGGACCCUUUUUGGGGUUAAAAAAGUUUGAUAGUGUUAUAAAAAAAGAUAAGUUUUUAAAAGAGGUUGAAAACCUCUCUAAAUAAUUUAUCUCUGUCAUUUUUAACAAUGUCUUUAAUUUUUCACUCAUCUGUUAUUUACAAAAAUAACCAGUCUUCACAGACACACACAAAAAAAACAAACAGAGCUGGAAAGAUGUCAUUGCGCUGAAACAACAACUAGAAAAAUGGGCGUAACUGAUUUUUAAGUACGAUGGAAUGACUUAUCUCCUUAGAUCGUUGAUGAGGCAUUGCGGGUACAUUCCAAUAAUCGGAUUCCAGAAUCAUAACAAUAUAAUGAACAGAUUUUUGUGCAAAUCUCUUCGAUCCAAAUUUUUGGGCCAUUGGUGUGAUACAUCCAUCAUGAUUUUUAAUUUCCACCAGAUUUCUGGAUUUUACCAUGCAAUAAAUGCGAAAACAAGUGAUUUUAGAGUUUAAGCCAUUUAAUGUUAUUCUGGAAUAUGGUCAAUCGAACGUGCUCCUUGACCUGAAGUUUCAUUUGGCAUAUCCUUGUUGCUAGCUCCGGACGCCACUUUCCGGUUCUUGUUCACUAACACGAAUCUGUACGAGUUCUCGGAGUAUGAUUACGUCAGUAACUCUUCGUUCUUGUAUGCUACUAGGAACACAUCAAUCUUGCUACCUUACUAGUUCUUCGAAAAGUCCACUGCGAAAGUGUCUUCCGGAAUGCUAUUUUUUCUCGUAAAGGUAUGCCAUCCAAUACUUUUGAUUUUCGUCCAGACUAAAAGCAAAUAUUAGUAGUAUAGGGCGCACCGAAUUGUCCAUUUUUUGGGUUGGUCCAUUUUUUGGUUGCGAGUGUCCUUUUCUUCCUGCAUUUAUUAUCCACUGAAAACGCAACUUAGUGUGGGUUUAAGCAAGCUAUAUAAUAAACAAUUUUGUGACAUCCGGAAUAGUCAAGGUCGAGGUAAGUGUUUUCAGCCAAACCGAAGGCCGAGGCUGAUAACACUCACCGAGAUCUUGAUUAUUUAGGAUAUCACAGAAACCGAAUCUAAUGAUUGUUUUAUUAUACAUUGUUUGGAAGAAAAUAACGACAUACAUACCUUCGCAAGGAACCUGAACUGAUACUGUUAUUAAAAAUCACUCUUUGCGCGCGCAACUUACAGAUUAGUCAGUUGUCUGCUAGCAGAUAAUUAACUUAUCUGCAGGCUGCGCUGAUUUUCAAAAUUAGCUGUAGGCUGAUAGCCAAUGAGAAGACAGAUAGUGAUUACAAUGUAUAAUAACAAAAUAUUCACUGCUUAAGACUCCUAUUUCAGAAAGAGAUUAUUCGGUGCCUCCUAAACUGCUAUUGUUCUUACAAACACAUGGAAUAAAGCAUGUGUAAAAAUCAAAAUAAAGGUAAUUAUCAGCCUUUAUAAAAACAAAAACAAAAAAACGAAGAAAAGGAAAAAACAAGAAACGAAACAAAACCACAUCGACAUGGUAAAGCCAAGUGUAUAAAACAGUAACUUUCCAUUACAGUGGUAAAAAAAAAAAACCUUAAGGGCAUAUUAAAAUAAGAGAGUCAUUUUUUAGAUUUUUAAACGAUACAAUAUAACCUUGAUUUGUAAUUACUAAGGGGCUUUCCAGGUGUCUUGAAAACGUGGCAGUUAUUGUAGUUUACAGGCAAACUUAGGACGUUACGAUCCGACAACGGCGAUGCCAAUAACACGUCGCAUCUUUAAAACGUUUUCGCGAUUAUUCCAUGUCACCCAGUUACACAAGAAGGUAAAUUGGCUAGGUUGGAGCUUAAGUAGGGAACCACGCGCUCGUCCGAGUGCGGACACGGACAGCAAUCACGCUUUUUUGUACAUUUCUCUACUGUCGUUUCGCGACUACAACGUCAGUGCUUAUUUUCACGUUUUUGUCGAGGACGAGAACACAAGAUAAGACAACAACUUUCUUUUUCUUUUCCUGAACUUUGAUACAGUCCUUUAGAAUUCAACUCCAAAAAAAUUUGCCAACAUUUGACGAAUUAAACGAGAUGGAAUAAGUGCGAUAAAGUUUGAAGCAGCGCAAAUUCACUUUUUAAGGGCCUGUUUACAUGAACGUGGGGGACCCCAGGUAGGUGAAGUAACAUUUGGCGGGUCACCCCACCUAACAUGUAAACGUGAUCACAUUAAAAUGAGAGAUUAUAUGGACAGGCGGGUUACCCCACCUGAGCGGGUUACCUCGCCUACCUGGAGUCCCCCACCUUCAUGUAAACAUGCCCAGAGUGUCGUUUUCGUAGCCGCUGCUGUCGUUGUUGCUUAAGAAUUUUCAGAUCAAUAUAAGAUUGUAGGGAUCUUUCCACUAACCCCUUCCUUCACUCAGAAUUUUUUCCUUACUGAGACGUUGACUUAGUUGAAGGGUAGGUGGGCUGUUUGUCAGAAUGUUACAUUGAUCCUGAUUUUGUUAACCGCUUGCCUUAACUGAGUACAUCUUUAGUUUAUGUUCUAACAUUUAUCCUUCAAAAUUAUAUUUAUUUUGAAGAAUAAACAUUAGAGCAUAAACUAAGGAUGUGCGCACUGUCAAAACGUUGUUUCCAAAACUUUUUACUAUAACUCUUUUUAUGACUAUAAGAUCCAUAAUAGUUUUAGCAGUAGUCAGUCAGUACUCAGCCAUUUGGUUAAUGCUUUAGGAUUUUUAGCUGUAAGUUAAAAAAUAGCGUGGAAUGAAAUAAAAUAAUGAUUUAGUCGUAAGACGUGUACUUAGUGGUCCUUAGUGGUUCUGCGUUCCCCGUAUGAUAUGAGUGUGGAAAUGCUUAUUUCCGAGUAGAGAGGCCACAGCUGAAGCGAACUGACCUUCGAACAAAAAACUACUUGUAAACCAAGGAAGAACCAACCACAAGCUGGUUAAUCGUCUUUGCCGAAAAUAUCGUGGUUUUAGAUGUGUGGCAUUUGAGUAGUGCUUCAUGAAAAACUUGAUCGUUGCAUAAUAUUUGUUCUUUUUAGGACUUGUCCAGGCAAUGCAUCUGAGCCGGGCUCACUGCAAAUGUGCGUAGAAUCGGAUUUUUACACUGCCAUAUUUGCUGGCAAAUGCUGUUGUGUUAACAUUGGACGGUUCACCCUUCAGUAACUGCCAUUUUUGUUCAAGAGAUGGCCUUCUACUCGCCAUUUAAGAAGCGAAAAGUAGACUGGACCUUGUAAUCUUUUGCAAAAACCUUUUGGCCUCACACCUUCCGGCUUCCUUCUCGUUUUCUUCUCGGCGUCCGCUAUUUGUGGGCCUGCGAGAGUAGCCUGCAUAGCAAGCGUUUUGUGGUUUCGGAGCAAUGAAAUCCCGCGAGAAAUAUGGGGCAAUCAAAAGAGGCGAAGGGGAAGGCUCAACAAAAUAGAUUAAUGAAAGAAAGCGCAAGCUCGUUCCCAACUGCCCUAAUCAAAAAGUCACUGCGAUACACAGUGAAAACUUGUGGUCAGGGUGGAUUAAUGUAAUAUUCGCGCAAGCUCGUUCCCAAGUGCCCUAGCCUAAUCAAACAGCAACAGCAUGGCAAAGCAAGAAAGCAAAGAAGGCCCUUUCCGUUCUGCAAGUCACUACGACUCACAGUGAAAACUUGUAAAAGUGCUUUUCACGCGAACAGACUAGUUGCGCGAGCUGUUACUUGUCUGUGACGUAAUAUUUUCUAAUAAGCAUUUGAAACGAAAACCAACUGAAGAGGCCCUUUUUUCCUCCCGCCUUUAAAAGAAUUUUAUAAUAUUUAGAAAAAUGAAACUGAAGGAAAGGUUGCGAAAGUGAAAAAAAGUGAAACUGUAGUACCAGGUGACACGUGACAGGAAACGCGGCUGUCAUGGAGUUAUUGGCGGGAAACUUUGAUAAAGAAAUGAGAAAUGGCGGCCACCUCUCCAUCAUUUUGCGAGACGUCGGCGUUUAACAAGAGCUUAAAAGGUGAGAUACGCGAAUUCCUGUUCAGAUUAUAUCUUAAGAAGAUACGAUUUUAAUUGUUAAAAACAUUUCUUGUGUUUGUCCUCAUGUUCAGCUGUCAAAAGUCAUAAAAUUUUCAGGAUUUUCACCAAAUGCGGUUUCGGCGCCGGCGUCAAGCGACUUAUAGCUUUUUCUACGAGAUUUCUGCUUUGCAUAAGCCUACGCUCUAUUCAUUUAUCCUUGGGGUUGAAUUCUCUGGAAACCAGUACAACUUAACAGUGUUACAACAGUGUUAGUACGUUGGCUCCACUUGUUGCUACAUGCAUAUUAUUAGCUUACGCAGUUUACAAUGCGAAUGCAACUGGCCAUUAAACGUUUGCUUUGAGAAUAUGCCGAUUGAAAAUUCGUGUUACUUAUUUACCCGAAACCAACGGUGUACUGAUUUUCUAGAAAACAAAGAUAUCCUCUCGAAACAUUUUUAAUGGCUUCUCUAAUGUUUCUGCAAGUAGUUCAGACUGAGUUUAUCUUUAUCACGAAAGACUAGCCAUCGAUCAACGCUUUAUUCUAGUUUAACUUAAGAGUUGUUUACAAGUACGUUUUUCAUUCUUAACAGGCUCUUAUGGCUUCAGUUCAUAGGUCUUGAAGCUCGUUUAUUAUUGCAAUAUUUGAAAUUUCUGAUAACACCUACAAAUGUCACAUGUGACAAAUGUGAAAUGUUGAUUGUCAAGUAGCAACGAGUCUCGAUUGUUUAAAAUUUUUAUUAGGCCUAUUUGUGUUUUCUGAUGCAGGUUUCAUGCAUUAACUGUUUUUAUUAUAUAAACACUAAUGAAAUACCCAGUGAGCUUUCACAUGUAAGAAUAACAUGUUAUCUUUACAUGUGAAAAAAUAUCACCGUUGCUAUGGCUUCAUAAUAAACCGCACCUUUCAGACCAAAAAACUAAUUAAGUAAAAUCAGAAACAUAUAACCCCGAACGGGGUUAUAUGCUUCUGGUAAAAUGGUUUGGUAUUUCAUUGGUGUUUAUAUAAUACAUGGUCACUUGGAGAUACGAAAUUUCUCUUCUCCUGUUGAAAAACACAUUUCACUCGUUUGUAAAUAUUUUUCAACACUCGAAGAGAAAUUUCGUAUCUCCGCGCGGCCAUGUAAAAUCCUCUAUUUAUCCACAUUUUUUUCAGAAAAACGUAAAAACAAAGGUUCCAAAGCCAAAGAAGAGAUCUUGAAAUCAAAGAGUAAAUCAAGAAGCAAAGUUUUCAAGGUCUGCAAGGUAAGGAAAAAUUGUUAAACAUGGCUUUCUUUCUAAGGCCAUGCAAUAAAAGGGUUUCACAUGAAGGAAUACGUAGAACUUGGACAACAUUAUGUUACUAAGUAUUAGCUCCAUGAAUUUGUUUUUAUUUUUUUGUUACAGCAUUAUGUUAGUGUUAGUGGUAUUGAAUAUUUAACAAUUAUUCAUUAAGCCCGAAUGGGCCCUGAGUCAAAAGCCCAUGAGGCCGAAGGCCAAAUGGGCGAUUGACUCUGAGGCCAUGAGGGCGAGAGGAAUAAUUGUAUUAGUAAAAUCCAACCAGUUGGUCAAAAAAUAUCGAGACAAAACAACUUUAGCUAGUUAAAGCUAGACUUUAAGCCUUUUUUGCCGCCAAAAAGCCAGCACUUUGUGCUAUUAGUGGGCUAUAACAUAUAGCCUAGUAGUAGCUCAACCAAUCAGAAUGCAGCAUUAAUAAUAGACCACUAGUUAGAUUUUACUAAAUUUAAUAUAUAACAUCAUUGUAAUUGGUUAUUGUGACAAUGUAACUAAGUAUGCUACAUGAAUAUUUGGACCAUUUUUGGGAGGAAAGCAGUUCUUCAGAGGCCUUGUGAAUAUUUUUCCUGUUUGUUUUGUUAAACAGUUGGACAUAUGCAUUAUUGACCAAGCUUGAAGACAUGAUGGCUUUUUAUUAGCCAAAUAAUUUCUUUCCAGCCAAUAAAGACGCACAAAGGAUCAAGGUCAAUAUACAACCACCUUGCUUGGUUAUUAAAGGAUUUGUUAUUUAGCCAAAAAAGACUUUUUUCUUGUGUGCUCAACACUGCCGAGUGGCUAAGGUGGAAUGCAGGAUUCACUUCAUUUUGCCUGCUUGUGAAUUCAGCCUUAUCAUAAAUUAGCCCUAUAGUACAAAGUGUAAAAUCAGUUAAUGCCAAUAUUAACUUAACUGAAUUUUCUAACUUUUUUACAUCUUCUUUACAUUUCGUAUGAUAGAAUAGUUCUACAGAGCUUUCUUACUCUAAGUCCUUGGCAACAAGUACACAAGAGCCAGUGUGGGAUACUGAGUACAGUGAGGAACUGAAUGUACCAGUUCCAGAUCUCUAUCCUGAGUUGUCAGAAUCCUUACAAAACAUGCAAGAAAGUGAUACAGAACAAGUAGAGAUUGCAAAAGGUGUAAUUAAUAUGUUUUAUCGUUCAAUUAUCUGUUCUUAUAUUUUUGACUAUGUGCAGACAUCUCCUAUUUUUUAGGUUUAUGUGGAAAAGGGGAAAAGAAGGGAAAUAAAAGACAUAUGCGAUAAUUACAGACAAUUACAUGCUUAUAAUUUAUUCAGAUUAAAAAGCAUUGAGUGAUUUGUUUGUGUGUGCUUAUUAGGUUGUUCAUCAUUUUGUUAUUGAGUUUUUUUUUAUCGUUUUUUGUUUCCUGCAAUUUUCUUCUUUCUUCCUUCUGUCCUUUCUUCAUACAUUUAGUCAUUCAGUCAUCCUGAUUCAUUUUUUUAUUUAUUCAGGCAUCAUUCAGUCAUUUUGAACUAUAUCCUCUUCAAUUAAUCAUUGGGUUUUAUUUUCUAACAGGCGCAGAAAUGUUUGUUAUUUCAAUCUAGCUUCAGUUUUUCCCUGUUGCUUUGGUCUAUUCACUCCUUUAAGUUACCAGUAUGUUAAUUUCAAGAAAACUAAUUUUGCGUGAAAAAGACAUGCCUCCGUCACUCUAAUGCAAUUCCUGUAAUGUUCGUGUAUUGUUGCAUUAUUGUACUAUUUUUUAUCCUGACCUUGCCUUAAAAAAACUGGACUAUCUGUAACCAUCAAUAUAACAAGACAACUAUUGAUUAAGAGCAUUCUCCUCCGUAACCUGCCAAUAAAAUUCAAUUUUGGCUCCUUUGCAGUUAGGGAGCCUAGAUGUGACAAUGAGGGUAUGCAGUGUGUUCCAACUAGCUGUAAUGACAGGCCGGAUGAGCCUGUGGUGAGUCAGGUAAAAACCCGAAUUAUAUAAUCAUAGUCUAUGAAGCGUGGGAAACUUGAAAACUAUAGAAAGUAAAAUAUGGAAAUUUACUGCUUUCUUUUUUAAAUUUUAUUUUCCUUUAAACCAUUAGAGUCAAGAUGAUUCUCAACUAUCAAAUACAGGAAGCCAAGCAAAGCAAAAAAGAAAACUAGCAAAGCCCAGAAAAAUCAGAAAACGUAAAGGGAUCGACCAAGGACAAAAUACCAUUACACUGACAGAGGUAAUUUUGGUUUAUGUUGUUCAACCUGUAUAUGGAAACCGGAAUAUCAAUGUCUUUCGUUGAAAAACUAUUAGAAUGGAAGGGUGAAGGGAGCUAUGCGGAUGCAGGAUGUUCUGAAAUCUUUAAAAAACGUGAAUAACCAAACGAGAGACUGCUUGGUUUGGUUACAGUUUGCUUCCGAAAAUGGCUUUGAAUCCAGUGAGGUAGGGAAAACGUGGAAAGGAACUUGAUAAAAAAGCUUAACUCAUUUAGGAUAAGCCUUAGAAAUAAGACUUUUCGUAAUACUCUUUUGUUGAUAUUACAGAACUCUGAACUCCUUACUGACCUCCAGGGUACAGACAAACAGGGAACUUGGGCUCAGUGCAGCAUUCCAAGUUGUGGUAAAUGGAGAUUUCUUCAGAGCAAUGUUGACCCAAACGAGCUGCCCGAAAGAUGGGUGUGUGCAAUGAACGAAAGUAAGGCACUCUUGGUUUGCUAAUUUUUAGAAAGUACUUCUUGUUUGUCUGUUAAACUUGCUUCAAACCAUCUGUCGAUGUACUAUUUCCUGGCAUAAUCAUUUUCUCUUAGAGGGAAGGCCUCUCUGAACUUUUGAGGAUAGUCUGCUGAUCAACUAUGAUUGUUAAAAUUAAUUCAAACUUGUUUUCCGAUUGGGCGAGAGUUUUGAGUGCUAUCCCAUAGAGCACAACUCCCUGGAGCACACAAAACUCACUUACAUGUGAUCAGGUCAUGUACACUAAAGUUGUGGAAAAUCUAUGUACUUAGUCGCGUAAAUUACAUAAUUUUUUGGCAGUCACAAUGCACGGCGAAAAAUUCGGUUUAAGUGGAGUUCGGAGUUAUAACAUCAAAUCUAAUGACUGUUCUAAAACCUCUGUUUCCCUCUUCUUCGCCUUUAGAAAAGUUGUUUAGAAUGUAGGGUCCGUUCUAAAUCUAAAAAGCAACCACGUGGUCUCAAUUUCUUCCCCUUAGAUGAGAAAUAUAAUGAGUGUAGUGCAUCGCAAGAAACAUUCGACAGCCAAGAAGGCAACUUAGACGUGAUGUACACACCUUACCCGAGUGGCGCAAUCGUGUGGGCCAAGAUGGUUGGUUAUCCCUGGUAAUUCGCCUUUCCUUUUUCUCGUAAUACGCUAUUAAGAAAACGGCUUAAAUUAACAAUUCAAACUUUUCACGUACAGAUUUUGGCAACCACUUCAAGUUUCACAUAUAGGACAGUAGAAGGCUCUUGUGUAGGAUCAGACUUGUUUGAUUUUGUAUUCACAGAAAUCUAGUCAAUGAAAAAAGACAAAUAUUUUGUUGCUCAGUGAAACACACACAAAAACGUCUCGUUACGUUCAUCAGUUAAGCCAUUCAGUCUGCAGAAAAAUUUCAACUUACAGACAAUCCAGAGGAUGUUUACGUAAUGAAACAGGGACAAGUUUUGCAGAACACUGAGAUUUCUCCUCCCUCAUACUCACCGUGCUUUUAAAAAAGUGAGACCUCCUUGGGAUUACUAAGAGUGGGCUUAAUUUACAAUAGGUCAUUUUAUUACAUCCAUUAUCAUAAGCGGUCAUUCAAAUAAAAUUGCCCACUAUAUUCAUCAUUGGUAGACAUACCAAAGGGAUUACGUAUUCCUUUAUGUAAAUGCUAUGAAUUACAUUUAUGUAUAGUCGGUGUUUGCGGAAAAGGGAGCGAAACGAACGGUUUUGGGUGGGUGGGGCGAUUUCAAACUCUUUUCAUUAGACUGCUUUUGAAAAAGGAGCAAGUCUCUAAUAACCGAUCUGUCAGUAAACCUAAAGUGAUCUUCACCCGUAAUUAGAAACAGGUAAAACAAACAAUCUACUUGGUAAGUCCUGAAGACAGUCAGGUAUUUGUCUGUGGGAGAUUUCUGUUGUGAUUGCAAAUUUAAAUUAAGGGUGGCAAUAACAGUCUCAGUAUAAUUCCCUUUCAUUGCCAGGUGGCCAGCAAUGAUGGAGGACGACCCAGAUUAUGGUUACUACUGUGAAACGGGUGAAGACAAUGUCACACCGGUAAAUGCGCGCCAAACGUCGGGAAUUAAUAGCAAGCAAUGUCUGUUACCCUAACUCAGUAGAUAUAGAAGAGCCCUUACUGAAUUGAAUAGCAACUGCUACAGUCAUGCCUUCAAUAUAUUAUUAUUGUACAUCAUAAUUCUACUGAUAUUGUAGUCACAAUCCGCCUUCUCAUUGGCUAAGAGCCUACACUUAACUUUGGAAAUCAGCGCAACUUAAAAACAACAAAAUUUUGUCGCGAAUAAGUGAAUAAUCUCUAGGUUGAGUUAAGUGCAUGAUUUCCAACAGUCAUGUGAAGUUAUAUCAUUUCUACUCUUUAAUUUGUUUUGGAAAAUAUUUAACUUUGUUCCUUGUGACAGUGCUUCGUCAUUAUUCCCUUUGCAAAAGAUGUAUAAUAAAACAGCUACCAGGCAACGUUUUUGAGAUUUUCCGAAUAAUCCGGAUACAGUGCUACGGGGGUACUCCAGAGGCGCGGAAGUGACUCUCACAACCAAAUAAGUACUAGGUUAUAUACUUUAUUUCUGAGUGACUUACUCUUUCACUUUACAAUUCUUCAACUUCCUUAGCAACGUCCUUAUUCAAGUUAUCCUUUUUCUUGGCAGUUCUCUUGCUUACUCUUUUUCUAUAACUGCUUACACCUUCUUCUAAAAGCUUACUUUUCAACAGGUCUCUAUUUAUUUGUUUGGUUGUCCAUAAUAUGUUUACGUUAAUAAUAAUGCGUAGGAUAUAUUUACGUUCUAAUUAGCAUACGAUUACUUCGUAACCUAAAAUUUCUUUGAAAAGCUUUUCUUCAGUUCUGGAGCAGGAUAACUACUAAGGAAAACUAACUAAGUAAAGUUCAGUAAAAGAAACACACUUUUACACAGUUACUUUAAAGUUGUUGGACCUUUUAAAGGUAAAACUCAAAGACACAAACUUCGCUAAUGGUAAACAAAGAACAACUCCCAUAUUUAUAAAUGUGGAAACAAGAUAAAUAGAUGGGACAAAACUUCCUACCUUUAAUUAAUCAAUACCUAAAAAACGGAAAACUUUGUCAACAAACACUAGCCUUAAAACGCAAGUUUCCUUCGUAAAUUACUAAAAGUGUCCAUUAAAAGAUAAGUAUUUUCCGAGGGACAUCAAGUCAGAAGACAUGAUGUCCCAUUCUCAAAAACCUUAUUUACUCACGAACACACGAAAUGAGAAAGUCUUAACUUAGUUACAGUCCUAAAGUCUUGGAAUGCAGAAAGAGUGAUUUAGAGGUACAUGGGGGUAUAGAUGGGAGUUACCCUUGGUUAGUAACCAACUAAAGAAUGACGUACAUGUUCUGAUUCUGUGCGUGAUGCAGGGAAGCACACUUUUUAAUAUUUAUUCUUCUAAAUAAAGAGUUCAUUAGCAAAUGUGUUUUAUAUCUUAUUUCACACUCAUAAUGAACAAUUAAAAUGUUCCAGAACCUAAAAAGCUUCCUACAACAAUAUAUGUCAAUAUUCAUUUCAACUUGAUCAGAUAAAAUUUGUCAGCAAUCACUCAAGAUCACUUUUCAUACUUCACCUCUUUAUAUUUUAAAUGUUGUUUAUUAGUAUUAUGUUUGACUUAUUCCGUAAAGGAUACAUUUGGCUAAAUCGGGUUAAAUAUCGGUUUCACUUUAAAAAUCAUCGGAAAGAUAUAUAGGACUUCCAUUAGGUUAUAAUAUUUUUCAUAAAUCAGGGAGAUAAGUCCCGUGACAACAGUAUAUUUUGACAUCAUCUAUUAAUUGUGAACUAUCUGAUUUCAGGAGAUGUACCACGUGGUAUUUUUCGAUAAAGAAGUUUCGCGAACUUGGGUGAAUGCCGUUUGUAUCCGUAACUUUUCCUGUGAUGACGACCCAGAGGACAUGGGGAAGGUCAGUUUAGCGACUACACUCAGUACAAGUGUUCUCUUGUAAUGUGGUUUAAUUAGUGUUUCGGAGAAAUCCGCUCGUCAAAUUGUAUUAUAAUAUGAGGGUUGAAAUAACUUAAGUAGUGGACAGAAAAUUGUGAUAUAUGCAAUUCUGUUGUCAUAAUUAUAUUAUGUUAGCAACAUCAUUCUGCAAAUAAAGCAUUUUCUCAAAGACGCCAUAGACGUCUCUUGUUUUCGCCAUGAUUUGCCAGCUAGAACUAUUAAUUAUUAACAUAGCAACAUAUACCCCCUCCAACUAUUAGAAGGAAGUUAGGGGACAGCUCUGAACUUAACUUAAGGCGUCCCAAAGCAACUCUCUCAGGUUGGUGCCGGAUUCAGUUGCUCUCGCAAGAAAAGUAUCUUUCAGGCGGUCGGAUUUGCGAAUUAUUUCGUACUUUCUCUAUAUCUAAAUACUUUGAAAUCCAGGUUACAUUUAAAGGGAAGACUUACAGAAGACAGCUCACCGCAGCUACCCUGGCAGCACGGAGGGCAGCACAGUUGCCUCUUCAGGUACCAUGCUAUGCAAAUACCUUUUUGUAAUGAAACUCGUUUGUCUCACCAAACCGAGUGACUUUGUCAUAGAUCGUAACCAGGUAAUGCUGGUUUUCAUCAGAUGAUGCGGAGUCACGGUAUCAAAACUGUGACUAGUGAGCAGGAGUUCAUUGAACAGUGCUCCAAUCUGUGACCGUUUUGGGUGAGUAGAAAAAAAAUGGCGACUAAAAUUGCAGUAAAAGUCGCCAUUUUGGAGGCCUAUGUUCAGCGAUCAUAUGCCAAAUUCCCGAGAUUUUGCGAGAUGCGUUUUCCUAGUAGUUAGUGUUUUUGGUCUUUUUAAGUUAAAGUGAGACAGACAUUUGAAUUAAAUAUCAUUUAUGCUCUGUUUUCUUUAUAAUUUGCCUAAUUUCACCCUAGUUCUGUGGGUAUUAAGCCUUGAGAUGUCGCGUGUACCUUUGCCCAAAUUCGAUUGCGAUUGUUCGGCAGCCAUUUUGAUUCUUUCAAACCUUCAUGUAGUGUAGCACAAAAAAUAUUUUAUGUCUGGCGACCAUUUUAUAAUUUUAGGUUGCCAAAAGGCGACUUUGAAAAAAGCUGGGUUAGGAGCACUGUCAUACAUUUGCCAAAUGGCUGGUGUGCUUCUCAAUUGUUAAAAAUUAUUUUAGUAUGUCUUUUUUAAUAGCCACAACAUGACAUAACUCCUAGGGAGUCAGGAGACAGGUGCGUCAAAGAAAACUUCGUUCCCGGGCUUAGCAAAAUUGAUUCUUCUCAUCAUAUAUACCAACUCUUUGGUUCUGCUCUGAUUGGCAGAUACCACCCUGUCAUAAGGUCCCCAAUUUUUAAAGAUAACUAACUAUUACUUCUUUCUUUCUCUUCAAAUAAAAAAAGCUAUUUUCAUUUACAGCGUCGGCUUGCAGAAUAUGGCUUUGCAGCACGCUACAAAGGACCUAUUGGUAGAAAGGCAGUUGAAGAGAGUAAACGGUCGAUCAGUCUAGAGAGAGGAGAACUUAGUGAUUCGGGUAGGAAAAGGAAAUGGGUGGAAUUAAAUGGUGAUGAUUAAAACAGUAUUUGUUGGUCUAUGCAUUUGAAUUAGAUGACAUUUCCAGUGAUCUGAUAGUACUUUCCUGGCGUUGUUCACUUCUUUCUAGAGACAGGAAUAGGGCAGACAAAAUCUUGGGGUAGUAAAAUUGGUUUCCAUGCAUUACCCUGAAAGAUAAAGUUUGACACCUUAUGCCUUUUGUUUGUAUGGACUUGUUUUGUAAAGAUUCUCAUGAUCACGAGAGGAUAAAAGACCUCUAUCCUCACUUGUGGCAAUAAAUGCUAAGUAAUAAUGUUUCUUUUUUAAGGGGUAUAGAAAAAAUUACUACAAAUGUUUCCAGAAGAAUGUUUGAAUUCUGGGUUUUCAUGACUAACGAAGUAAAGUUGAAUGUUUUAUUUUACAGUUACAGAUUCAUCAAGUCAGGAGUUCAGUAGCAGCGGAAACAGUUUCAUCAGUGAAAACAGUUAUAGCAGUCCAGAUGAACCUAAAAGAUUGAAACCAAAAACCCCACUCAAGUCCAAAACACGCAAAGAAAAGACAGCUAAAACACCGAUCAAGAGUGAGAAAAAGAAAAUGCAACAAACUAANAAAAAAGCUAUUUUCAUUUACAGCGUCGGCUUGCAGAAUAUGGCUUUGCAGCACGCUACAAAGGACCUAUUGGUAGAAAGGCAGUUGAAGAGAGUAAACGGUCGAUCAGUCUAGAGAGAGGAGAACUUAGUGAUUCGGGUAGGAAAAGGAAAUGGGUGGAAUUAAAUGGUGAUGAUUAAAACAGUAUUUGUUGGUCUAUGCAUUUGAAUUAGAUGACAUUUCCAGUGAUCUGAUAGUACUUUCCUGGCGUUGUUCACUUCUUUCUAGAGACAGGAAUAGGGCAGACAAAAUCUUGGGGUAGUAAAAUUGGUUUCCAUGCAUUACCCUGAAAGAUAAAGUUUGACACCUUAUGCCUUUUGUUUGUAUGGACUUGUUUUGUAAAGAUUCUCAUGAUCACGAGAGGAUAAAAGACCUCUAUCCUCACUUGUGGCAAUAAAUGCUAAGUAAUAAUGUUUCUUUUUUAAGGGGUAUAGAAAAAAUUACUACAAAUGUUUCCAGAAGAAUGUUUGAAUUCUGGGUUUUCAUGACUAACGAAGUAAAGUUGAAUGUUUUAUUUUACAGUUACAGAUUCAUCAAGUCAGGAGUUCAGUAGCAGCGGAAACAGUUUCAUCAGUGAAAACAGUUAUAGCAGUCCAGAUGAACCUAAAAGAUUGAAACCAAAAACCCCACUCAAGUCCAAAACACGCAAAGAAAAGACAGCUAAAACACCGAUCAAGAGUGAGAAAAAGAAAAUGCAACAAACUAAACCAGCCGAUUCUGCUGGCAGAAAGGAAAAGGCAGGGAAGAAGGAAGCGAAGAAAGCCAUCGCGGACGCCUCUAUAACAACUAAUGGAAGUAAAGGUACAUUAACUUAUAUUUGUGAAUUUAAGGAAAUUGUUGGAAAUUAUAGUUAGAUCGUAUCACAUGUAAUAACAAAAAAAAAACCUAGAAACGAUUUAACAAUUAAAAUAUCCUCGACAGACAAUGCUGGACUGAAGGCUUCUUUACACCAUGAAAAUUAUAUCUAGUAACUUGAUUUUUAAGAAGAUAAGGUAUGGGUAACACUGCAAUGCUGAAAGUACAGUGCUCUUUCAAAACCGAAUGUUUAGUAAAGGAAUUUUGACCCUGUCAUAAGUUCUCAGUUAUUCUAGGAUUCCCCGUGCCCACCAACACAGAAAAACCAAAGUGUGACCUAGCCUUACAUUCACUUGGAAAGUCUAAGUCAGUAACUUCUCCAGCACUGUACUAAAGAGUAGCAUAGAUACACGUUAGCACGUUCACUAAUGUUUGCGUCGCUUAUUUUUUUUAUUUCUCGUAGAAUUAGCACCUCAAAGUAGUAGUACAAGUACGAAUAUCGAGAUGCAAACGGAUACUGAACAACCUACGGAGGGAGAUCAAGGCAAGAAUAAAAACACAGAAAUGCUGCUCAGUAAUCACAGUGAGGCCCCUGUUCCCAAUACUUUGAACAGUAAGAUAUAUUCUGAGGACACCAUAUGUGAGAAUGAAAGGAGUACGACUAAACCAAGUGCCAAGAAGUUGGUUGAAUCAGACAGUUUAAAAGCAAAACUUGUUAAAAAGAGGAAGAAGUCUGAUGAAGUGCGAGGUAGAAAGAAUGCUAAGAAAAGCAAGGAGGAUAACUCUAAUAUCAGCGUUUUGGAAAAUUCUGUUAAAAUCAAACAACAUGAAAAGGCAGAUGCCAACGUCAUGACUUUAAACACUUUACUGAAAACACAAAAGAAGCGAACAGCGUGUGAGGAAAGUAAUCAGAAGAAGAAAAAAGUUGCUGCGAAGAUAGAAAAAGAUCCUCCUGACAUUGCUGUGCGGGAGGAGGUGAAACGGGAUAAUUCCGUUUCACCUAGCACGUCUAAUCUUGCCGAUUCCAUAGAAAACCAACGAGAGGGAGCCGUUAGUAAAACCAAAGAACGGGAUAGGCCUACUGGAGAUGGCACCAAAGCUGAAGGUCCAUGUCCUGAAAGCGGGGGAAAUGGAGUAGAUAAGGAAAAAGAUUCUGGAAGUCACAAGAAUAGGACAAAUAAAAAUGAAAAGAAGAAAACAGCGGGAAGUUCCGAAAAAGGGAACGAAGGACUGGAGUCAGGAAAAGGUAGUGAAGAAUUAACCUCGAGUUCAGAAGGGUCUGGCCAAAAAGAAACAUCUGGAGACGGUUUGCACCCAGAAAGCCAUCCACAACCCCAGAACUCAGGCUUUACUCUUAAAAGAUCUUCUGCCAAUACAGAUGUGCGAGUAUCCUUGACUGAAAAAGUUACUCAAAAGAAGCCUUUACCGAAGUUAGUUAAAGCUUUUAAGCCUCCUAUAGCGAAGGAAGGCAAAGGACCUAAAAUGCCUAAACUUUUGAAACCCCAGUUUGUUAGCCCAGCGCUUGCCGUAAAAAAAGGCGAUAAAAACGAUCUUCGUAAGGAGGGAAGUGAACCAAAAGCAGAGUCAAACACUGAAACGAAACCACUUGGAACCACAAAAGGAAUGAAAUUAAAGAGCAAAUCCCCACAGACAAUGGUUCAUUCUCAGAGUGAAAAGUCAAAGGAAUCUGAACGUCAUCAAGCUACAGACAUCUUACCAGGUUAG